AUGGAAUUUGUUGUUUCCGCUUUGAGAGAAGCUGGUUUGGAGUCUUCGAAUCUUAUAAUUGGUAUUGACUUCACCAAAAGCAAUGAGUGGACAGGAAAAUAUUCUUUCAACCAUAAAAGCCUUCAUUAUAUUGGAAACACUCCUAAUCCAUAUGAGCAAGCGAUCUCUAUUAUUGGCCGUACUCUCUCUUCGUUUGAUGAAGACAAUCUGAUCCCAUGUUUUGGAUUUGGUGAUGCAUAUACACAUGAUCAGAAUGUGUUCAGCUUUUAUCCCGAUGAUCGCUAUUGUCACGGUUUUGAGGAAGUACUUGCACGCUACCGAGAGAUUGUGCCACACUUAAAAUUGGCAGGUCCAACAUCAUUUGCCCCUGUAAUCGAUGCAGCAGUUGAUAUUGUGGAAAGAAGCAAUGGUCAAUACCAUGUUCUUGUCCUUAUUGCUGAUGGACAGGUUACCAGAAAUUCAGGCACACCACAUGGAAAGUUUAGCCCACAGGAAGCAACUAUUAAUUCCAUUAUUGCUGCAAGUCACUAUCCCCUCUCAAUUAUUUUGGUUGGAGUUGGAGAUGGUCCAUGGGAUGAAAUGAAGAACUUCGAUGAUAGCAUUGCUCAGCGCUUAUUUGACAACUUUCAGUUUGUGAAUUUCACAAAGAUCAUGUCUGAAAACAAAGAUGCAUCAAAGAAGGAAGCAGCAUUUGCACUUGCUGCCCUUAUGGAAAUUCCAAUUCAAUACCGGAUAACCCAAAACCUUCAACUUGCCAAUGAAAAGUCAAUUAGCUAUCAACGUAAAGCUUUUCCUCCGCAGGAAGUAAUAGAUCGUGACAAUGCAGUUCUAGCAGUUCCAAAUUUGAAUCAGUUGAGCCAUCAGGUCCAGCUACGUAGAAUCAGUAUGCUUCCUGUACCGAUUGAG